GGACUUCAGGCCUUUUUGUGUCCUGUUUGCUAAAGGCAUGCGGGCUACAGCAUUCAAGAGAGGGAGUCGUUAACAAAGGGAAAGAGAUAAAUGUAAAUAAGCUCACAUUUACAGAAUGAGCAGUUUGCAGUAAGAAGCUGCGGCAGCCCAGAGUCUGCUACUUUAGGCUGGGCUAACCUUUCCCUGUAAAAAAAAAAAAAAAAAAAAAAAAAAAAAUGGAUAAAAAUAUGCACUUCCAAAGGGCUAGUUGCCCAUUUACAUGUUUAUUAUCUAAUUAUCUGCAGGCAUCAGCACAUUCUCUCAUCUAGCACACUCUUUCUUGGGGAAUAUAGAUUUCUGGAGGAGUGUGAAAAUCAACUCUCCUUAAUAUUAAGGACCCUGCCCAAUGGUAACAGUUGUUGCCAAGAAAAGAAAAAAAGAAAAAAAAAAAAAGACCCAAUCACCCAUUGGAGGAAAUCUCUGACUACAGUGCCUCUAGGAAGCUCAUUGGUUAUUCCAGUCUUAGAUAAAAUUGGUGCCAGGAUUUGGUUCGAACUAAUGUGGAGGAAAAUAUUUCCUACCGGUCCCUAGUGUCAGAGUGGUGAACCCCUGCAGCCAGCAGGCCUCCUGAAAAGAAAAGUCCAUGGGUGACAGAAGAUUCAUUGACUUCCAAUUCCAAGAUUCAAAUUCAAGCCUCAGACCCAGGUUGGGCAAUGCUACUGCCAAUAAUACUUGCAUUGUUGAUGAUUCCUUCAAGUAUAAUCUCAAUGGUGCUGUCUACAGUGUUGUAUUCAUCUUGGGUCUGAUAACCAACAGUGUCUCUCUGUUUGUCUUCUGUUUCCGCAUGAAAAUGAGAAGUGAGACUGCUAUUUUUAUUACCAAUCUAGCCGUCUCUGAUUUGCUUUUUGUCUGCACCCUACCUUUUAAAAUAUUUUACAACUUCAACCGCCACUGGCCUUUUGGUGACACCCUCUGCAAGAUCUCUGGAACUGCAUUCCUCACCAACAUCUAUGGGAGCAUGCUCUUUCUCACCUGUAUUAGUGUGGAUCGUUUCCUGGCCAUUGUCUAUCCCUUUCGAUCUCGUACUAUUAGGACUAGGAGGAAUUCUGCCAUUGUGUGUGCUGGUGUCUGGAUCCUAGUCCUCAGUGGCGGUAUUUCAGCCUCUCUGUUUUCCACCACUAAUGUCAACAAUGCAACCACCACCUGCUUUGAAGGCUUCUCCAAACGUGUCUGGAAGACUUAUUUAUCCAAGAUCACAAUAUUUAUUGAAGUUGUUGGGUUUAUCAUUCCUCUAAUAUUGAAUGUCUCUUGCUCUUCUGUGGUGCUGAGAACUCUUCGCAAGCCUGCUACUCUGUCUCAAAUUGGGACCAAUAAGAAAAAAGUUCUGAAAAUGAUCACAGUACAUAUGGCAGUCUUUGUGGUAUGCUUUGUACCCUACAACUCUGUCCUCUUCCUGUAUGCCCUGGUGCGCUCCCAAGCUAUUACUAAUUGCUUUUUGGAAAGAUUUGCAAAGAUCAUGUACCCAAUCACCUUGUGCCUUGCAACUCUGAACUGUUGUUUUGACCCUUUCAUCUAUUACUUCACCCUUGAGUCCUUUCAGAAGUCCUUCUACAUCAAUACCCACAUCAGAAUGGAGUCCCUGUUUAAGACCGAAACACCUUUGACCACAAAGCCUUCCCUUCCAGCUAUUCAAGAGGAAGUGAGUGAUCAAACAACAAAUAAUGGUGGUGAAUUAAUGCUAGAAUCCACCUUUUAAGUAUGAGAAAUGUGUUCAGGUCCAGAUAUGGUUUCUCCUAUAAUUUUUCCUAUGCUAUAAACUAAAGAUUUGAAGCUAAUGAUACUGAGAAUAAUGCACCAAAUCCAGUCAGAUACAUUUGUUUGAAGGUAUACUGUAGAGUUUUUAUUGCUGUUUUGUUCAGUAAUUAUAGGUCAAGUCUAAUUACAACAACCAAGAUGGAUUGCCAAAGUCUUCUGCUUGGUUGGAAUUUCAUUGUAUCGCAUUAUCCAGGUGGCCAGUGGCAUUUGAUAAUAUAGAGAUGACUUUGAAACUUUCAAAAAGGUUUUUCUAUUCCAAUGAUAUUUGGUAAUUAGGUUGGGCCUAUAAAUAUAGAACAAAUUCAGGGAUUUUUAAAAAACUGUGUUACUACUGAUAUAUGCUAGUUUUAUUUUUUUUGAAUUGUUGUUGAGUUUAUUUUAGCACAAGAAUAUUUUUAGCCUAACAUUAUUAAUAAGAAAUGCGUCAAAUUUUUAACAUUGGUAAAAUAUGUUAUGUGCAUUUUGAAAACAGAAAACAAAUUGAGUUGGCAUGUACGUGGGUGGGAAGAAAGAGGAAAUUAACGGGAUUUACACAAUUAUAAUCACCAGCAGUGUGAGUUUUAAAAACUUCGUUGUUUUUACACCAAAUUAAAAUUUCACAUCAAACUUCAAAGCCAGAAAGCUGCUAAAUACGUGUCUGGCAGGUAAAAGCUGGAAAAUUACUUAAAACAGGAAAGUGUCAAUAAAAAAACUUGAGCAACACCACCAUUUAUUUUUUUCUUAAAAAUGUCACGUUAUCUUCAUUUUGGGAAACUAGGUUCUGUAAAAUAUUUAUCCUCCCUGUUAUACUUUGGAGCACAGCACAGCCAGAAAGGGGCUGCAUUUGUGCCCAGGUCAGGAGCAAAUUGAAAAAAAAAAAAAACUAAAGUAAUACAAAAAAAUCAAACUAUAAAGCAAAAACAUUUAUUAAAACCUGAAUUGAUCCUUUUUGGAGGGAGUAGAGAUAUAUAACCUGAAAAUACUUAUUCUUUCUUAUCGAAUUUUGGAGCAUAAUAUAGCCAGGAGCUGCUGAAUUUGUGCCCCUGGAUUGGAAGCAAAUCGAAAAAAAACA